GUGAAGGAGGUGGGGAAGCUCCAGGCAGUGGUCGAGAGGGAGAAGCAGAACACGGCCUAUUGGUGGGGGCUGUACAACGAGACGAACCAGAAGGCCAUUGCGUCCGGCACUCACUUGAUCGCCGAGAAUGAGAGGCUGACAGCCUUGGCGAAGACGGAGGCAGAGAAGGCCGAGCGGCUGCAGCAGGAGGUCUUGCAACACGGAGCCACGUUGCAGAAGUUCACCCGAGCGAAUCGGGAUUUUGCGGUGGAGUGUCAGCGGCUGCGGGAGGUGGUGGACAGGAUGGAGGCCGGUCGAAAGGCGGAGCUUGCGGACGUGGUGACGCGUCAUGCCUUGGACUUGGCGCGGAUCGUGCGCCUGCC